UUCGCGCAGACGAUAUUUUUUGGCGUUGUUAGGAAACCGGAAAUAGAGAAACAUGACACGACUUAUAGUAAUAUCUUACUUUUUUGUUCUCGCCAAAGGUUUUAUGUUUGAUCAACUAUCAGAAAAACUAAGAUGCCAGGGUUUGGCACUGAUGUGUCCUCCAAUGUGCCUUCAUCAGAACCCGAACGGAUGUAGCACGUGCGACUGUUCCAACAUUGAUCCCUCCCAUCCGAAAGCGCCAGGUACAAGUGGAGGUAACUCAGUAGAUCCUUCACGUCAUCUCAGUGCAAGUGCAGGAUGUGAUGACUGGACUAAGUGCGCAUGUGUACCGAUAUUUGAUGUAUCAAGCGGAUGUCUAAAAUGUCCUUGUGGUAACUCUGCAAUCACUCGUCCCUUAUACCAGCCGACUGUAACGCCAACUUCCGCUUUCAAGUCAACAGAAACUGUAACAACUCCUCCAAACCAGUCAACCAAACAAGUGACGUCAUCUGUUACAUCAGCAUCCAGCAGUUUAUCUCCCGUCACUAUGACGCCGUCAGAUAUAACAUCGUCGACAACUUCACAAAUUACCUCUACACCGUUUGCAACUAAGACGUCUCCCGGAGUGACAACAUCAGUGACGUCACAGAAACUUGACACAAACCUGCCAAAUAUAGCUACAAUACCUUUAGUAAACACCGCAUUGACAACGUUGACAACAACCACGUUAGCGCCAAUUGUGUGUCCCGGAAUUUUCAGUUGCACUCUCGACUGUUACACUGGCUUUGACAUGGACAAAAACGGAUGCCCUUUGUGUCAAUGUGCGCCCACACCAACCGAUUUGCCGUAAUAUAAUAUAUUCAGUAUUAUUUACGUUUUUUUUUC